GUCAGAGGGAUGGGGGUGGGCUCUGCUAUAGCCCCUCCCUCCAUUCUGGGUUCCUCUUCCUCGUCUUUCGCCUCCUGGAUGGGCUCUGCUCUUGGCCCCCCAGGUUUCCCACCCUCUAAGGAUUCAGCGAAGGAUGGAAGCAGAGACAAAGCCCCCCGCCCCACAAUCUGCCUUCACUUCACAACAUCUUCAGAAGGAGAAGGGAAGAGGUUCUUCAGCCCUGAUGGAGUCCAGAGUGAAGAUGGAGGAGCCAAACCAGACCAGCCCUGGAGGGGAAAGAAAGUCCAACACAUUGUGGGGCAGGAGAAGGGUUGGGGUCCCAGGCAGAAUGGGUCAGGAUUCUCUGGAGGAGGAGGACUUCACCUCAGACCUUCAUUGCCAACGCUUCAGGCGCUUUUGCUAUGAGGAGGCCUUGGGUCCCCGAGAGGUGUGCAGCCGCCUCCACUCUCUCUGCCGCCUGUGGCUGAAGCCUGAGGAACAUACAAAGGCGGAGAUGCUGGACCUGGUGCUCCUGGAGCAGUUCCUGGCCGUCCUUCCUGCGGAGAUGGAGCGCUGGGUGAGGGAAUGUGGGGCAGAGACCAGUUCCCAGGCCGUGGCUUUGGCUGAAGGAUUCCUCCUGAGUUGGGAAGAAGAGGAGAAGGUCCUUCAGGCUCAGGAGGCCCCACCAGGCACUAGCCAGGGCUUCCCUUCCAGGUGGAUCAAGGUGGAGGAGGAGGACACAGGCGCUGUUCCACUGGGAGAUGAGCCCAGGAUGCUGGGAAGACGUGGCAGCUCCACUCUUUCUGAUGCCGGAGACGUGGCAUCCGUUCAACAAGCUCAGGUGAUGUUUGAGGAUGUGGCUGUACAUUUCAGUGAGGGAGAGUCGGCCUUACUGGAUCCGGAUCAACAGGCCCUGCACUGGGAGGUCAUGGAAGAAAAUUAUAGGAUGGUGGCUUCUCUUGGUGAUGAUGGACAAGGGAGGGAAAUUGAGGGAGCACGAAAUAAAAUGUGGCUGAAAACAGGGAGAAGUAAAAAGGAAGAAGAAAGAAGCUCGAGAAUGGAAGCAGAAGGAUAUAACAGGAAGCAGUGCCCUGUCGACACCAGGGAAAUCACAAUCCAAGAGACAGUAGACGAGAUUGGAAACAGCCCUGUCUAUGAGAAUGGCUUCUUCGAGGAGGCAUCUAGUAUACACUCUACACAAAAUGAUAAGUACCAAAUUGUGGACAAGCCGUAUAAAUGUUCAGAGCGUGGAAAAUGCUUCCCUCUAAAAGGAGUCCUCAACACACACCAAAAACCCCACACGAGAGAGAAGCCAUAUAAAUGCACGGAGUGUAGAAAACGUUUCUUUCGGAAAGGAUAUCUCAAAAGACACGAAAGAAUCCACGCACAAGAGAAGCCACAUAAAUGCCUGGAGUGUGGAAAAGGUUUUUUUGAUAAAAGGUGUCUUAAUGGACAUGAAAUGAAACACAGAGGAGAGAAGCCCUAUAAAUGUCUGGAGUGCGGGAAGAGUUUCUGUUGGAAAAAUACACUAAAGCUGCACCAAUACACCCACAUAGGAGAGAUGCCGUAUAAAUGCCUGGAAUGUGGGAAAUGCUUCCCUCAAAAAGGAGUCCUCAAUGCACAUCGAAAAAUCCACACGGGAGAGAAGCCAUAUAAAUGCCUGGAGUGUGGAAAAUGUUUCUUUCAGAAAGGACACCUCAAAACCCAUGAAGGAAUCCAUGCACAUGAGAAGCCAUAUAAAUGCCUAGAAUGUGGGAAAGGUUUUUCUGAUAAAAGAUGUCUUAAUGGACAUGAAAUGAAACACAGAGGAGAGAAACCCUAUACAUGUCUAGAAUGUGGGAGGGGUUUCCGUUGGGAAAACACACUAAAGCUGCACCAAUACACCCACAUAGGAGAGAAGCCAUAUAAAUGCCUAGAGUGUGGAAAAAGCUUCGCUCAAAAAGGGAUCCUCAACACACACCAAAAAACCCACAUGGGCGAGAAGCCAUAUAAAUGUGCGGAGUGUGGAAAAUGUUUCUUACAGAAAAGAGACCUCAACAGACAUGAAAGAACCCACACACAAGAGAAACCAUAUAAAUGCCAGGAGUGUGGAAAAGGGUUUUCUGAUAAGAGAGCUCUUAUUGGACAUGAAAUGAAUCACAGAGGAGAGAAACCCUAUAAAUGUCUGGAGUGCGGGAAGAGUUAUAGUAUUAAAUCUGUUCUUACAGGUCACCAGAACAGUCAUAAAGGAGAGUGUGGGAAGGGUUUUAGCUACAAAUCAGACCUCAAAAAUGUCCAGGAUAAUCAUAUAGAAGACAAAAUCAAAAAUAUGUCUGGAGUGUGCAAAGAGCUUCCACUGGACAGCAAGUCCCAAGGCCCACCAAAAAGCCCACAUGGGAGAGAAGUCAAAAAGCCUGAAAUCUGCUAAGAGUUUGAACUGCAAAUCAAUCUUCAAAGAUUGCUAGAAUGUUCAUACAAAGAGAAAUUACACAUAUUCCCACAUUUUGGAAAGAGUUGAGUUGCACAACAAGCUUCCCAUAUGGGAAAGAAGCCAUGGAAAUGCCUGGAGUGUGGUCAGAAGAAAAAUAUGAUUAAGCAUGAAAUGAAUCUCAGAGGAGAUAAGCCUCUAAAUUCUCAGAGGAUGGGAAGAGUUGUAUCCUCAAAUCAGGUCUUAAAACUCUCCAGGAGAGAAGGCAUACACAGAGGCACGGAAUUUUGAAAGACAUUAAAUUUUGCUCUAAUCAGAAUACUCUCUAAACAAUGUAUAAUAAGAAUGAGCCUUCCAUACUUUUUUUUAAGGGACAUAUGCUUAAAGUCUGAAAGUAAAAUUUACUCUUUCUACCCUCUCUGUCCCUCUAGUCCAUCUUCUGCCUGGUGUUGUGUCUACAGGUGACCUUGAUCUAUAAAUAAACAUAGCUCUCAAAAUCAUGGAGAAAAAAAGGCCUGUCUCCACAAUCGUCUGGACUGGCAGACAAGGGACUAAUUACAUCAUACACUGCAACAUCUAGUUCUGGAGAUAAACAGAAGAAACCACCCCUCGCACUGAACACAUGUUUUCUGAUAUUAAAGUAAUGCUUCAGGAUUUGAAAUAUGGACAAGAGACUCUUAGAGCUGGGAUAAAAAAAAAUCACAGACCAACAAGUGCAGACAGAGGUAAAGGUAGCAAGAUUAGAAGGGGAAUGCAAAGCUACCAGAAAAAAAAACUGAGCAAAAUGCUGAGAAAAUUAAAUCCUUGGAUGACAGUCAAAAUUGCCGAGAGAUAUAUUUAUGAUGAUGGAAUUAAAAAUAAAUGAAAAUUCAAUUAGAAUUAGAGGGCUUCCUGAAAAACUAAGAGAUCUAUGAUCCUAUCUGAUUAAAAUGAUAGCAGAUCGUAUGGAAGAACAAGAUUGAUGUAAUUUCUACUUCAGUCUCGGUGUGCAGAGGCAACUCGGCAUACGCAAGAAUAAAAAAGUUCCUAAUGGAAUGUAUUCUGCAACCGAUUUCAAAAACCUUCAAAGAUCUGAUUCUAAGAAAACAAUUAUGUAACACCCCUGGUUGUGAAGGGGUGCAAAAUAUUUAUGCUCAAGGAUAUCCCAAUGAGAAUGGUUAGGAAGAAAAAAGACUCAAUUUUUGAUGAACAAACUAAGUAAAAAAUGAAUUCUCUUCAGAUGGCAAUUCUCACAAGGUGUAUCAUUCUACUACAAAGCAAAGAGACAUUUGAUUUUGGAUGCUUCAAAGGCAGAGCAGUUCUUGAGAAAAGACAAUAAAGACUUUGUUGAAAGUGGCCACGGGUCGGAGAGUCUCACUUACAAAGAAGGGGGUGAUGGCAACUGAAUGGAAACAACGAGACGAAGAAGAAGCAGAAGAGUUAGAAAAUGGGACUAAUUUGUAAACUAUUAGUUAAUGAUUUUGGAAAUCAAAAAUUUCUGGGAUGAGGGAAGGGGAAGGGGAAGAGGAGGGAAAUUCUUUGGAUAAAUUCACAUAGACUAUUUUUUUAAAUACAAAUGGUCUGAGUAAUUGUUUUAAAAGGAAACUGGUCUUUCACUACCUACAUAAAGCUAGGAUAGACCUAGCCUGUAUUAAAGAGAGACUCUUCUUGGAUAAACACAAACAAGAAAAAUUAGGACAGCUUAUUAAUAAAAAAACCCAAUGGGGUGUUGUUUUAUAUAAAAAGUGAUCUGGAGCUGUAGAAAGUAUAUGAUGAUUUUAAUAGUUACCGUGAAAUUUCAAUACAAAUAAGUUUUAUUAGUGGGGAUUUAUGCUCUAAAUGGAAAACUAAAACAUUUUACAAAAAACUAUCAGCAGUUUUGGCAGAAUAUGGGGAGAAAGAAAUAAUCUGGCUGGGGGAAUUUAAUGGGGUAAUGGACCCCAAACUAGAUAGAAAUUGCAAAAGAAAAAGUGACACAAAGGAAAGGAGAUGGAAGAAUUAUAAUAUUGGGAACUAUAUGACAUGUGGAGAUUACAUAAUUUAGGUAGAAGAGAAUAUUCUUAUUACUCUCAUAGACAUGAAACAUCACAAUUGACCAAAUCUUAGCAACAAAAGAGCUGAUGGUAAAAACCGAAAAAGCAGAAUUUCUACCGAGAGUGCUUUCAGAUCAUAAUCUGGUGUUGUUAAGGUUGAAAGGGUUGGGUGGGAAAGGAAGCAGUGGAGAAUAAACGACUAUUUACUAAAAGAUCCCAGAAUAAAGGAGAAAAUUAGAGAAGGAAUACAAAACUAUUUAAAGGAGGAGAUAUCUAAAAGAAUUGUUUGGGAUGCAGAGAAAGCGGUAGUAAGAAGUUUAUUAAUUCAGCAAAAUGUUCUUUGGUUUAAAAGGAAAAACAAAUAGCAAUAAAUAAUUAAGAAAAUUAGAGAAUAAUCAGAAGGAUAAGAACAAGUUGCAGAAAGAAUUGACUAAAUUACAACAGAAAUAUGAAUUGUUACUCAUAAAUGAGUUCGAAUGGAAGAUUAUGUAUAGCAGAAAUAAUUUUUUUGAAAAUGCAAACACACCAGGAACAUUGUUAGCAUGGCAACCGAGAGAAUGUAGGAAAAAGCAGCUAAUUGUAAAAUUAAAGAAUAAAGGAGAAAUAAUUACGGA